AUGCUCUCGCCCACCAAGGUCGCCGGCCUCUCCGCCUACAUUCCCCACCGCGUGCGCCGGAAGUGGAGGGCCACCAAGUCGCGCAUCCACAGCCGCCAGUCGGUGACGUCGUCAAUCGCAUCCCUCGAGACUUCGUGGUCGCCGUCAGACACGAUCAAGGCCCUGCGCACGCAUCCCUGGAGCAUAUACGACGCGCAGUACCUGUUCCUGGCUAUCAUCGCCAUCUUCUCACUGUCCGUCAGCGAGGCGCCCGGCCCCUUUGCGAAGACGUUUGCUGCGACUGCGCUCCUGUGUGGUGUUCUGAUACCUGCCACACGCCAGUUCCUGCUUCCAUUGCUUCCCACAUUAACAUGGCUGUUCCUAUUCAAUAGCUGCAAAUAUGUUUCGCCAGAAUACCGCCCUGCCAUCUGGGUCCGCGUCCUACCCGCACUCGAGAAUAUCCUCUAUGGCGCCAACCUUAGCAACAUCAUUUCUGCCCACCAGCACACCGUGCUCGACGUGCUCGCAUGGUUCCCCUACGGACUUGUUCACUAUGUGUCCCCGGUUAUUGUCUGCGGCUGCAUGUUCAUCUGGGGUCCUCCCGGCACGCUUCCCACCUUUGCCCGCGCGUUUGGCUACAUGAACAUCACAGCCGUCCUGAUUCAGAUGGUCUUCCCCUGCUCUCCUCCAUGGUAUGAGAACACCUACGGAUUGGCACCGGCCAACUACUCGAUUCACGGAGACGCCGCUGGUUUGAAGGCCAUGGAUAGAAUCCUCGGUUUCGACAUGUACACUUCUGCGUUCCAGGCUUCGCCUGUGGUCUUCGGCGCUUUCCCUUCCCUGCACUCUGGAUGGGCAACUUUGGAGACACUUUUCAUGGGACACGUCUUCCCCAGGCUUUUCCCCGUCUACGUGUUCUACACCAUGUGGCUGUGGUGGUCGACCAUGUACCUUCAGCACCACUACGCCGUUGAUCUGGUUGCUGGCAGUCUUCUUGCUGGUAUCUGCUACUUCUUCGGCCGUGCCAACUUCCUGCCGCGUGUCCAGCCUGACAAGGAGUUCCGCUGGGACUACGACUACGUCGAGAUCGGCGAUCCCCAGGACGGCACUGGCUACAGCAUGCUGGACAUCUACGAGGAGUUCCAGCCUCAGUCUGACUCUGAUGACUGGGCCAGCGGCUCUUCCUCAUCCUACUCAACCGGUGGCCGUAGCCCAUUGGGCGCACGCUCGCCUACAGACGAUUCUCAGAGCCUCUGGGACGGCGAUACAGUUGCUUCUGACACUGAGCCCUCGAAGCACUGA